AUGAAUGACCUCGGCAACCCCACGCCUCUUAUCCUCUUCUCCCUCGCCAACCUCGCAGCCGCCACAGCCCUAAACUCCACGCCGCGGCCCGGCCCAACCGUCGACUCCGACGACCUCUACGACGGUACCUGCACGCGCGAGCGCUUCCAGACCCGCAAGGAAUGGCGUAACCUCGACCGCGCGCAGCAGCAAGCCUACCUCGACGCCGUGCAAUGUCUCAUCGACCUACCCGCCGACACGGGCAUGGAGCACACGACGAGCCGCUGGAGCGACCUACAGGCUCUGCACCGGUUCUUCACCGAGACCGAGCGGGGAGGCAUCAUCCAUAACGUGGGCCAAUUCCUCCCCUGGCAUCGCUAUUUCCUGCACGUGCAUGAGACGCUCCUCCGCGACGAGUGCGGGUAUGAGGGGCCCGUGGCGUGGUGGAAUGAGCAAAGCGACGCCGACGCAGGCGACCUACUCUGGUCCCCCAUGUGGAAUGCGGACAACAUGGGCGGCAACGGCACGGGAAUGCAGGGGUGCGUCGUCGACGGCGCCUUCGCCGACCUGGUCGAGUAUAUCGGCCCGUUCGACAACAACACCGAGCGCUGUCUGGACCGUCGCUGGGAUAGCGCCUGGGCCAUCCGGAACGUCAACAGCACCAUCACCGGGCAGUGCUUCGAUCUGCCCACCUAUACUCCGUUCUGGCAGUGUGUCGCGUAUUAUCCGCAUAAGGGCUGCAUCAGGCGGUUGGCGGGUUGCUAUGUACUUUCCUUUGUGUGGGGGUUAGGUUUGAGAUGGGAUUUGAGGUUUGACUUUAAUGAGCUAGGGCUAAUGCGGAUUGAUGUGAUGGCGGAUGUCAAGCCCGGCGAUCCCAUGUUCUUCAUCCACCACGCCUUUAUCGAUCGCUUGUGGUAUACCUGGCAGAUGGUCGAUCCCGACACUCGACUGUUUGAGAUCAGUGGAAACUCGAUUAAUCGAACGGAUCUGCCGAUGCCGGUGGACGGGUCGCCUGAGACGACGCUGGAUUAUGAGCUGGAAUCGUACGAUAUCUUGCCGAACGUCACGGUGGAGGAUGUGAUGAAUCCGGUCAGCGGGUAUCUGUGCUAUGAGUAUGAUUAGGCGUGUAGAUUAUGGCGUACGGUGGAUUUUGCUGGCAUGCCUAGUGCUUCCCAGCCCGGGCAUAUCUUCCUUUAGUCGCAGUAGACGUGAGUUUGGCGCUGAUGCAACCUUCAAGCCCAUCCUAAACGCACACCGUCCCGGCGAAGCAGCCGUCCUGCAUUUGAGAUCCAAUCCACCUCCAUG